AUGCAGCUCUUCAAACUCGCCGCCCUCGCUAUUUUCACAACCACUGCUCUGGCAAUGACCGAUGCAGAAGUCGCCAGCGCACGACAAGCCAAACUCGAUUUAGAUGCCGCCUCAGGCCUCGAAGAACGCACAUCCGGGUUCGUCCAGGAAGUGCGAAUCGAGGAGCGCAAAGACUGUGACGGGUCGGGCACCAAGAAAUGUACAUGUCGCGCCGGCUCCUCGGGGGUGUAUUGCGGAUUGUGCAACGCGGUCGUUGAUAAGGGGGAUAGUCCGAAGUGGACGGGCUAUAUUUUUCAGUGUGAUGGGACGAAGUGCUGUGAAUAUGGCAAGGCGACGCAUUGCGCGGCUUCGACUUAUGAUAAUUGGUGUCCGCGAUGA